CCUGAGGGUAGGUCUGUUGGGAAGAUGGCCAAGUCAACACCCAAGCUUAACCAGUUAGCUACUCAUGUACCUGACCUUGUCAACAACCAUGAUCACAGCAAGCCAUUCCCAAAUAACAUCAAGUUCAAUGGAGUCCUCAUGUUUGCUGAUAUUUCUGGAUUUACGGCCCUGAGUGAGCGGUACAGUAUGAAUGCAAAGAUAGGAGUUGAUCAACUGACAAAGACUUUGAAUGGCUACUUAGAGGCCUUAGUGGCAGAAAUCAUUGGUGCAGAUGCAGAUAUUCUUAAGUUUGCUGGUGAUGCUAUUUUGUCUGUAUGGUCAGUAGAUGGAUUGGAGCCUGAGACGAUGCGUGAUGCCAUCAAACACGUCAUCCAUUGUGCCUUAAGGAUCCAAGAUAGAUGUGGAGAGUGGCUAACAGAUGUUGGUGUAAAAUUGCGCGUGAAGCUUGGUAUUGCUGCAGGGGAGAUGUGUGUCACAUAUAUAGGAAAUGAUGAAUUCAGGCAUUAUGUCACCACAGGGAUCACAGUAGAUGACGUUAACCUAGCUGAGAAAUUUUGUGAAUCUGGAUUUGUUGUCAUCUCUCCCUAUGCUUGGAUGUUGCUGCCGAGUGAACAAUUUGAGUUCGAAGUUAUGGAAGAUGAUAAACAUAUCAGGGUGUUAUCUUCUAAAGUGAGAGGUUCCUACGACAUAUCAAGAACAUUGAGUAUGGAAACUUUUGUGGAAACCCCAACUCGAUCACCACAAAGUAAGAGGACGAGCCUUGGGAAAGACAGUGACAAUGAACCCAAAACAACAGCAGCAGCAGGAGUGAAGGGUGGAACUGUUACUAAAAUAAGAUUUCGCAAGUCUGUACUAACCUCAAUGGACAAGCAAACUGAAGAUGCAGUUCGACUUUACAUUGCAAGACCUGUAUUGAAAAAGUUGGACGAUGACCAGCCUUUGGAGUACCUCUCAGAGAACAGACAGGUGUCCAUUGUCUUUAUGAACAUGGUACUGGCUCCUGUUCCAUACAGAAUGGCCUCAAAACUAUUACAAUCAGCAUUUGAUAUCAUCUAUCCUGAAGUGCGAUCUAUGCUAGGCUGUCUCAACAAAGUGUUCAUGUUUGACAAAGGCUGUACCUUCCUUGUCAUAUUUGGACUGCCAGGCUACAAACAUGAGAAUGAUUGUGCGCAUGCCCUCCAGUGUUCUUACAGGAUGAAGAAAAAACUUGACAUGAUCAAGAAUGUACAACAGACAUCAAUAGGUGUCACCACUGGUAUGACAUUCUGUGGUGUAGUGGGACACCCCUAUCGUCAUGAAUACACCGUCAUUGGGAAGAAAGUCAAUAUGGCUGCCAGAUUGAUGAUGCACUAUCCGGGGAAAGUAACGUGCGAUAAUGAUACGUAUCACCACUCUAAACUAUCUAGGGCAAAUUUCAAGAAUCUGGAGUUGAAGAAAAUGAAGGGAUUGAUCAAUAUUGGAACCAUACGAGAGUAUACAGAGGAGGCUGUGGGCAAUUCAUUGUAUACAAGGGCCCCUGGAAUACAAGAGUUUGAUUUUCCCAUAGUUGGACGAGAAAAUGAGAUCCGUAUUCUUAUGUACGAGAUUAAGUCUAUCAUGGAACAUAAAGGUGGGACUGCCACACAACGUCAGGUGAUCAUAUUUGAGGGAGAAGCAGGAAUCGGGAAAAGUCGUAUUCUUGAUGCGGUUGUGUGUAAAGCAGAGGAGAGUCACAUCAAGGUACUUUCUUCAUCGUUGUCUAUGAAUGAAGCGAAGACCCCAUACUUUGUUGUACGUAGUCUGUUGAUGUCAGUGCUUGAGUUCAGCCUGACCAUGUCACACCAGGAGAGAGAGGACGGCCUUAGGAAGUAUUUCCAGAAAGAUAUGUACAUCAUGCAGAAUCUCUGCCUUCUUAAUGACCUCCUAGUUGUUCAGUUCUCUUGUGAUGCUAGUGUUCGGAACAUGAGUAAAGAGGAGAGAGCGAGUGGACUGCGGAAGCUCCUUGUUCACAUCAUGCACCAGAUCACCACCAAGACUGGCUUCAUAAUAUUCGUGAUUGAUGAUGCCCAGUUUGUUGAUCCCGAGUCUUGGACGUUUAUGUCAGACAUGGGGAGGGAUGAUAAGACUCUUGUGGUCCUCAGUAUGAGACCAUUCACAGAGACGAAAAAGUCACAACAGCCAGUUGCAUUCUGGGAGGUUCUCCACAGUGAGACCUCACUGACGAUUCGUCUAAAACCGCUUGAUGAGGAGCACAUUACUGCCAUAGCCUGCCAACUACUAGAGGUUGCCAAGAUACCUCAAAAACUAGAUGACUUUCUAAAGAUGAAGACUCAUGGAGUGCCUGCUUGGUGUGAACAGAUCUUACAUGAGUUGUUCCAUGAUGCAAAAAUCACCUUGGUGCCUGAAGGCCACCCUGAUACUAAAGAUUUCCGCCUUGUUGGACCACCACCAAACUUUCUCAAGAAAAAGGAACGCUUUACGCAGAAAUCAAAAAUAUCCAGUUUGGGGCAAAGCUCAGAAGAAGAGGACCACACCAUAAUGGAAGGUGGCAAUUUAGAGGGUGCAUCUAAAACAGCCAACUUAGUCUGUGUACUUCAACCAGAUGUUAACCUCAGGAAUGUUGCCCUGUCACAGUCAAUGAAAGGAAUGAUGAUGGCUCGUAUGGACCGAAUGGAACCAUCAGAUCAGAUGUUAAUCAAAUGUGCUUCAAUCAUUGGUGCCAAAUUUUCAAGGAAAAUGGUAGAAGUGAUCAUGCCGAACCAGAUCCCAGAAAAAAUCAAGGCUUCGAUAAAAAGAUUGAUGGAGUCUGGUAUACUUGAGUGUGCUAGUGAUUCUCUGGCACAGAUGAAAGAGAGCAAAAUUUGGAACCAGAAUAGUGGUGGUAUUGGUAAAGACAUCCAUGCCUUAAGCUUAUUGACCAGCAAGGCAGAGUGUUACUGUCCACGUCCUGAUGGUAAACCUGGACCCAAUGACUCUGUCACAAAUUGUCAAUUCUUGCGAUUCCACAAUGGUCUGAUGCAGGAAACAGCAUACGAGACAUUUCUGGGGGAACAGCGACGUAUGCUUCACAUCGAGGCUGCGGGAUUCCUGGAGUCACAGGCCCAUAAGUGCCCAUCUUGUGGGGGUGGAGAAUUCAUUGCCUGGCAGUCGCUCAAUAAUGUUGUGGCGGAGAGAAACAGACGUGAGAGCAAUGUUAAAGAAAUGAAUAAACAUCCAAAGUCUAUAACAAGGGGCAGCAUCAAGGUUGAUCGUCAGUUCAAGCGUGACAGGAGAUCCUCAGCCGUGACACCAGAAAUAACAUUCUCAUCCGUACCAGUGAGUGUAGAAAGUUUGACGGCAGAGGAGCUAGAGGAAGCUCGGGAUCAAGUGGAUUCUAGUGCCCUGCUUCGAUUGGCCAACACGCAGCAGAGACGUGCCUCUAUUAGGAUAACAUUAGGAUUAGAUGAGCCUACAAAGACAGAAUCUUUUGUUAGUACAGUUAUCCCAGAUGUUGAUUUCCGCAGCUGUGAAUGUGUUAACAUUCUUGCAUCUGUCUAUCCACAGCUGGUGAGACAUUGGAGGUCAGCGGGUAAUGUGGGAAAGACUGUUCAUUUCUUACUGGAGGCAGCAGCUGCCGCUACAGCCACUCACAACACUAUGCAGACCCUGUCCUUCUUGGAAGAAGCUGCAGAGAUUGCUGAAAGAGUAACACAGAAUAAGAACCCCUUCCCUAAUGAUAUUGCAAACAUUGAAGAACUUAGUGAUUUCUAUGUUGAUCCUGAGGAGAUAGCUCUGAUAGAGAGUCUUACUGGACAGUCCAAGUUCCAACUUGGGCAGAUGGAUGAGGCGCUACCACAUUUCAAGUCGGCACUGAAGAUAUUGGGGAGUAGGCAGCCUGAGACAAAUAUAGGAGUCAAUUUUGAGAUAAUACGUCAGGGAAUGACGCAAGUGUUACAUCUGAAAAAUCCCGAAAGAUUCAUUGGCUCUGCUCCAGCGCAGAAGAAGGUUCGUCUAGUGGAGCAAACUAGAUGUCUGUCCCAUCUGUUCCAGUAUUACUACACCCAGGAUGAUGCUCCUAAAGCUCUUUUGACUGCCUUACAACAAGUGAACAAGUCAGAAGAGGCUGACAGUGACCUACACGAGUUAAUCUUGGCAUACACAUGUUUGAUGGAAUGCUGUCAGUUGAAGAACUGGCCUAACCUGGCAAACAGAUACAUACAGAUAGCAAUGGAUAAAAUUACAUUAGCCAUGGAUUCAAUGAAUCCUGAAGAUUGGUUGACAUUUGCCCAUCUCUUCAAGUCAGCCAUGACUGUUCAACUCUCAAAUAGUCACAUAAAAGAUGCCAUAGAGUCAGGCUUUGCCGCAACCAGGAUCAUAGCCAAACUCCAUGACACUGAUGCCAAGAUACAAGUGUUGCCCUUGCUGGGCCAAGCCUUGCUUAUGGCAUGCAAGAUAUCUCAGUACAUCGAUAACACCAAAGAACUAGAGUUCAUCACUCAUGAAGUGGAUUGUAAGGUUGGAAAGGCCUGGUUUUAUGCUUCAUGUAUGGACCUUGCAUUGGAAACAGGCACAGUAGACGUAAUGAGUGGGAUGAGAGUCGUACUUGGCUGAAGGUGAUGGACUCUGUCUACAUAGAGAAGCACACCAGUGUGCUACAGUUGCAUGCCUUUGUGAAGGCCUUGGAGUCUCACCUCAUCCAACUGUCUGUCAACAUCAGACUGAAGAGGAACAGCAUCACCAGAACCAUCAUGAAACUCGUCAGUAAG